CCGUAGAGCCCACAAGUCGUUUCGAAAAUGUAUUUUACAAAAAUAGUAUUUAUCGCCAUCAUUUGCAUAAUGAUUGUGAGCUGUGCUUCCGCUUGGGACUUUUUUAAAGAGCUUGAAGGUGUGGGUCAGAGAGUUCGCGAUUCGAUCAUCAGCGCUGGCCCAGCAAUCGACGUACUCCAAAAGGCUAAAGGACUAGUCGACAGUUCUGAAUCAAAGGAAGACGAAUAAAAUUAGAUAGAGCGUCGUAGUAGAGCAGAGUGAGAUAGAGCGAUAGAGUUU